AUGAACGAUGUUUUCGGCUCUGAUCCUACCCCGCUAAUGCGUCUGAUUUCUAGAGACAACAUAACAUUUAGGCGAAAACUGGCAAACACCAAGAAACCAGAGUAUCUAGAAAUUGAACAUCUCAAACGCGGCCAGGACGUCUGUGUGUGCACUCGCGAUGAAGGUCUUCUCGCAAAGUCUGUCUCCAAAAGUCUUCUCUUUACAACACAAAAGCUCUUAAGGACAGGUAAAUUUGUUAGAAAGGCCCCCUGUAAACACAUCGUUGUCACCGGGCCAUCUUCUGGCCUGUGGACUGCGUCGUCGAGGUGCCUUGCGCAAAUGGAGCCAACCUGUGCCUCUUCUGAGGGCGACGGCAGCGUGCAGUCAGACGUAGAGUGGAGUGGGAUGCCUUCAGCCUGCUCCCCUCCUCCCUAUUACUAA